GGCAAGGCCACAGCAAAGUACAGGAAGUUACAGGAACCUUUCGUUGUAGGGUGUCUGUGACGUUGUACGCGGGCGGAGACAAAGUUGUAGCCACUCCGUGGUGGUAGCCGUAGCCGUGUAGGUGUGUGUUGAGGCGCCGUUGUUGCUGUUGCCACGUGUAGAAAUGCUUGCCUACGUAAAAUACCGCGACAACUACCGCGCGAUAUUGCCUGUGCGGCUCAUAAAGUCGUUCGAGCCAGAGGACGAAGAAGACUUCUCAAAGUCAAGAGAAGUCCAGGCACACUGGUGUAGUGAAGACGGCGCUACUGAAGGCUACUACCCGGCCUUUGUACAUGCCCUGGCAGCCUUCUCGGACAAGGCUGCUCUCGGAGUACCAACAGGCACACGCACGGAUCGGCUUCUCGCCUUAGGAAUCUACAUGACCUUUGAAGAGCUGAGGAUCGCGGCCCUCAUGUCUCAACAAGAAUGUCUAACCAUAGCUCUGCUGGAUAAAUUUGAGAUUGCUCGCAGCAAGUCCAAAGAAGGUGACCAACCUUCGGUGACCAUGGGCCACCAGGCUGCAGAAGUGCCAGACCCAGUGGUCUGCACAGCGGCAUCUUUGAAUGAAGUUUCUUAUGAUUGUGCAGGGGUGCUCGAGUCCACCACUAUGGACGAAGGCGGCAGUGGUUCGUCAACCACAACAAGGAUGGGACUUGCAUUUGAGGCGACUGCAUCAGGCAGUGCUGUUUUGCCUGCUGCAGCACACACAGGGCCACCUCAAGCAGAUGAGCUGUUUUGUGUUGUCAAUGAACAGGUGGUGGACAGCUUGUGCACAGAGUGGAUGAGGUCGUCGACAACUCGAGACAAGAACGAGUGGCCAGGUCUGUAA